AUGAAUGGUGCUAGUUCUCAUUCAUUUCAAUCACUUAGUGAUGGCUAUGGAAAGGAUAGCUGGAAUGUAUAUUUUAUGGGUGAAAAAAUUCCUGGCGCAUCUUUUUAUUCAUUACAGUACAGUGAUUUCGAUGUCAAAUUUCAUAGUCAAUUUGAUUGGGGUCGUGGUGAAAAGGUUGGUUUCGGUUUUGGUAUUGGUAUUGGAAAUGGAAAUACAGGAUGUAAAAUACCAACUGAUGGAGCAGGUGGUAGUUUUUGUCUAGUAUGGUACUGUCAUCAUCCAGGAACCAGUUGA